AUGAAGCAAAAGAAAGAUGACGGCCCUCCACUUUCUAAGGUAAAGUGCAACAAAAGAAAAGCCGUCGAUCGUGGGUUCACUUCUUUGUUUGCACAAACACAAACAAGUUUAUUUAAAAAAAAGGCAAAGAUAACAUCUAUUAGUUCCAUCUGUUUUAUAACCGAAUGUUGUAAUAGACAAGAACAUCCGUUAAAAAUUGCUAAAGAAGAUACAUCUACUCCUGACCUUUCAGAUGUUGCUACCAGUGACAAGGCAUCUAUGCCUAUAAUCAACAAAGAUAUGAGCGUUCAAGCUGUAUUAUCUGCUCCUAUUUCUUCCACUAGCUGUACUUCUGCUCCCAUCAAGGCCCCCAAGAAAUAUCAAGACAAGGUUGAUAAGAUUGAAGCACUUAAAAAGGAGAAAGAGAAGAUUAAGACGUCAAGUAAUGAGCAAAAACAACCCAAGGAUAUCGUCGAGAAAACUUCUGUAAUCAAGACAUCUUUGACUAAUACUUGCAGAUAUCCCAAGCUCGUUACCCUGAUUCAAGAAGUAGUUGACCAUGUCACUCAGUUGAAUGGUGAAGAACUACCUGUGAUCACUCAAAAUCUGUUCUAUAACAUAUUUUUCAUCUUUGUUGGCCAAGGAAAGCAUGCUUCUGAUAGCAUCAAGAAGAACUUCAGGGCCUUUUGUGAAUCUACUUCUCUUACUCAAUCUGACCUAGGCAAGUACGCAAGUAAAGGAUAUACGACCAUUGUAUCUUCUAUGGCCAAACAAUAUGAAACACUUGUCCACAAUUACGUAUGGUUUACUUACGAAGACAGAACUCUCAGACAUAUUCUUGAAGUCUUAUCCGAAAAGGCCUCUCCUUACUUCUGUGGCGAUAGCCUAACUGUCAAACAACGCAAGCCUUUAGCCAAACAUAUCUUUCAACAAAAGAUAAACCCCAAGUCUGCCUGGUCAUCCACUGUAUACCGAAUUGAGCGAUAUGAAACCAUUGUCAAUAACUUUCUUACUUUCUGGUCAAUGUACGGUGCUUCCAAUGAUGCUGACGUACCAAGUGAAGCUAAUCUGUAUGCCAAACCUCAAUGCUACAUGAAAUGGUUACACUUUAUGCAGAAGGAAUUAGAACAAAAGAAGUUCAUUCAAGAAAUGAAACCUCAAGACAAAGCAGCAUGCAGUUAUGUUCAUAGAAAGUUACAAGAAUUUCCUUUUGUCAAGAAUUUGAAUACAAGCAAGCACAGGUCAUUAAAGGAAAAACACAUUGACCGCUAUCAAUUCCAACAAGACCUUGGAAAUAACAAGCAAGCUUAG